AGCCACGCCUCUAGUAAACUGAAAAUCAUGAAAUGUGUACUAUGGUAGCGUGAAAGUGCAGCGCAGCUGUGAUUAUAAAGCCUCACAAACACGCAGUCCCGAACAUUAUCAACAUCAUCAUCAUCAUGUCUGAGCGCAUCGGCUUCAUCACGCGUGUGCAGAGUUUCAGCGCCUGCCAUCGCUUACACAGCAAAGCAUUAAGUGAUGAGGAGAACAAAAGAAUAUUUGGAAAAUGCAACAAUCCUAAUGGCCACGGUCAUAACUACACAGUUGAAGUGACAGUUCGAGGCAAGAUUGACAGAAAGACAGGAAUGGUAAUGAAUCUUACUGAUCUGAAGGAGUAUAUUGAGGAGGCCAUCAUGAAACCUCUUGACCAUAAAAAUCUAGAUCUGGAUGUGCCAUAUUUUGCUGAUGUUGUCAGCACCACAGAAAACCUGGCUGUGUUUAUUUGGGACAGUAUGGUGAAGCUUCUCCCACCCGACAGCCUGUAUGAGAUUAAAAUAUAUGAAACGGACAAAAAUAUUGUGGUAUACAGAGGCGAAUAGAGUAUAUUGAGCUGCGCUGCUGCUUGUCUUCAUGCGGUGGCUCAAAGUACAGCAGCAACCCGCAAUGGAUUUGAGAAAGUAUAUUAAGUGAGAGCGGCACCUGCUGUGUUUCACUGCAAUAUGGGAUUAAUGUAAGUCACUGGGAAUUUGGCUCAGCUGUCCAGCAUGAGAUUGAUCCUAUUACACACAGAGAGAUUACACACACACAAAAUCUUUUUCCAAAUUAAUUAGCAGUCUUUCCCUCAGCGCCUGUUGUCUAUAAGGAGCCAUAUUCAUUUUCAAAUCAAGCCUGUUUGAAUAGAAGCAGGCCUGUUUCAAAAUAUAUUUUAAUUAAUGAAUAAUAAAAAUAUUUUAAUAAUAUUUCUAAUACUUAAAUCUUUUUUAAUGCAUUUUAGUUAUGUAUCCUUUGUCAGUACUCUUUAUGUAUCCUUUUUUCAGUGCUUUUGCUGAGAAAAUGUUUUUGGGUUAUUUGUACUUCCAAUAGAUGGCGCUACAAGUGUGUCAGAUUUCAUUCCAGUAAAGUUUGCUGUCAAAACCUGUA